AUGUUUUACUAUCCAGCUGUCCUGAGGCGUCACACAGGAUGCUUUUCUACUGUUUGGCUGGUGGCCACAAAGGGCAUAAGAGUCACACGUCGGGAUUUCCUCAAAGUCAAUGUUACCAAGACGUGUGAUGACAUCAUUGACUACAUGCUGGAGCGCGUGGAGCCCCCUAGAGCCGACCUGCCGCGACCGCGUUUCUCUCUGUACCUGUCGUCCCAGCUGCAGUACGGGGUCAUCCUGGUGUACCAUCGUCAGUGUGCCAUUCUCCUGGAGGAGAUCCAGUAUGUAGUGGACUGGCUACUGAAGCAGAAAACAGGUCAGAAGAGCGAUAUGGACGACCACGGCAGACCAGCACCGCUCCUCAAGGAUGUGCUGUCCUUGAUGGAGGAGACAGAAGACGCCCCUGACCCCCUGUUUGGGCGGAUGUACAUGCAAGAGGAGCUGCCCAGUCCGACGGCGCUGCUGCAGGGUCACCUUAGGGACAAAUCACCUGAGGCCACUCGUCCCUCACCUGUGGAAGAGGCGCUUCACACCGGGCUCACAGCGUCUCCAGACACCAUCACGCUGAGGGAGCCCGAGCCUCUCUCCGUGCCCUUCGCAGAGUUUGGAGGGAUGGAGUUAGCAGACGUUCCGACCACUAUCGACUUCCUGCUCGCCGAAACAGAUGAAUUUGUAGAAGGAGAGUUACCAAGAGGAGCUGAGCUAGAGAGAGAGCAAGAGAGAGGAGUGACCGAACAAGAGCGGACCGGAGAGCAGACAGAAUCCACUGCAGAAUUACAGCCGACCACCACCACCCUGUCAAGCGAGGACCAGGCUCCGUUGCCCCAGGAUAAACCACACCUGCCCCCGGAGCCUCUAGCGCCCCCUGUGGACCAGCUCACACCAGUGUCUGCCCCAGUCAUGCCCUCCCCUCCAUCUGCUGCAGAUCGAGAAGACAGACAGAGGGCAGAGAUAGAGUUACACUCCAGUCCAGAGGAGGUGCUGCGGCGCAGGAGGAGAAGGGGUAGACAGUUGAUCUUCAUCGAUGCUGAGACUCAGCUCUCUCAGGAGGAGCUACAGCAGCAGAUCAGUGACCCCCGCACACAAACUGCCCCCGCCUCCCUCCUGCCCCGCUGCCUCCCUGCUCUCGGGCCCUCCGCUGGGGACCUACUCAACGCCGCCUCCACCUCGCUCGUGUCCGAGGAGCUGCAGUUACUAUGGAGACGGGCUGCGGUCAUCACGCCUGUCCCGGGAUUAGACCUCCGGAUCAGGGAGAGGGGUCUCGACUCCACCACUGACUCCGAGGAGAGCGAGGGGAGAAGAGGAGAGGAAGAGGAAGAGGGGGGGGAGAUGAUGGAGGUGCAGAGGCGAGAGGCGAGCUCCAAAGAGAUCCCCAGAGACGAGGCAGAGGCGGAGCAGCUCGAUAUUUCUGCUGUGACGUUUCUGCACUUGGAGGGUUCGGAUCAAAUGGAGGGCUCCAGGGAGAUCUCGCCUGUGUUCACCCCAGACAAAGAGGGAUUGGCCACGUCCAAGUCCGUGUCCGUCCUACAGGACAUCCCAGAGGAGACAGCUGAGGCGGUGGGGGGGCUCCUGGAGCACUCCCCUGGGUUCUUACUGGACUUAGUGGAGCGUGAAGAGGUUCCCACGUCGUUCCAGUCCCUCCUGCCACACGGAGCCAGCCGCAGAACUGUCAGCCAUCAUUUUGUAAUGCUUUUGGAGGAUUUAUCCACGAGGAAACUGCGCGCGGAGCAGACAGAGCCAUACGGUGACAUCCUGCUCUCACGAUCGCUCUAG